GCGUUUCUUUUGCGUUUGAGUAUAUAUAUCCGGGAUUCGAACCCACACUCUCAGAGCGAGGCACCUUAUCGCUAACACACAAUGGCAGCGAGUGCCAGAGUUUGUACUUUACUAGAAAGUGUAAACCCUAAAUACAACUCAUUUUACAUCAACUGUAGAGUAUUAAUUACGUUGGUCCAGACUGGAGUAUUUACAGACUGUCGUGAUGCGGCUCAACAAUGACUUUUUCAUCAUUACAAACGCAUUUAAGAAGCCAACAUUGACAAAACUAAUAUGAUGUAUCAUAUGUGAGAACAAUUUACGUGUGCUUACAUUAUCUUCGACUCAGAUGAUCUAACAUGUGACGUUGGUGACAUUGAUACCCUUUUUUAUCUUUGGUUACCUCACAUAUUACAGUGAUAAAACUGAUAAGGGUGAGGGUAAGAUAAUGCUGGCAUUUACGAUGAAUGACUCAUGAGGACUGUCCAGGGGCUAGCUGCACAAGAUACGUUGCAAUAGUUCUAUUAGCAAUAAUGAUUCUGGCAUGAGAGCAGCACACAUUUUCGUUCUUUGACUUGAACUGUUUCUUUCAUAACAAUGGAUGAAAGAACGCCACUUCUUGAUGGGUCUGCAAAUAGGCCUGAUGUAAGGGGUAUCCUACAGGAUGGGGAGGGUGAUCCCCUUUUGAUCAGGGCGUCCACUGAUGCUAAAUUCAAAGGACAUAUCAUUGCUGAUGUUGAAGUGAGGGUGAAUGCAAGACCAAAGUCUGCUCCACCUUUGAGACGAACCCUCAUUGUUAACGACGAUGAAGACACAACGUCUGCACAGAGACAUAGACCUAAGACAAGUCUAGGCGACCAAGAGGAGAUGGAUGACGAUGAUUGGGUAGGCUGGGCCCUCAACAGGCAGAAGAGUAGGAACAAUGAGGAUGGGGAGUUCCUCAACAAAGACACCAACAGGAAGGAGGAAUCUCCCAAGACUCAGGUUGUAAACCUCAUUCUUAUGAACAUCAUCCUUAUCAUCUGGUCUAUAGCCAUCCAUAUCCACGGCCCGGCGUGGAGUCAGUAUUUCUUCCAUAGGUUGGAAGAAGAAGUGUUUGGGAAUACGUCGCGUUCUUCUGACGGCAAUAAUUCGAGCUAUGACGCAUCCUACUGUGAAAAUCCAUCCCUCAACGCUUCAGGUUCAAACGGGACAAACUCCUUACAAGAAAAGGCCGAACAGCUCCAGACGACAUGGAGCAUAAGAUUUACAGUCACAGGAUGUUCUAUUAGUCUUGUGAGUACGGUCAUCUUUAGUGCCUAUUCGGAUUACUUUGGUCGAAAAGUAUUGUUUUUAAUUCCAAUGAUUGGCACGCUACUCAAUUUUGCCCUGACAACCGCCGUCAUUCAUUGGUCAUUAAGCUUUUACAUUUUAUUCAUAGGCACUGUAAUAGGCUCAAUUUGUAGUACUGAACUAUUCGCUAUUGCAUGCUUGGCUUACAUCGCUGACAAUACGCCCCCUGAGGGUUCACGGACCACUGGCUUAGUUGUAAUGGGAAUAACACAGACUUUGACCAAUGCAGCCUUGGCUACUGGUGUUGGGUACUACAUACAACUUGAAGGCUAUUUCCUCCCAUGUGUGACUUCGAUCGCAAUUGUGCUGCUUGCAGUGUUGGCUGUUGUAGUCAUCCUGCCAGAAACUAAAAAGACGCCAUCGUCUUCAGUGUUGAGGAAACAGAAGAAGAAGGAGAGGAAGUUACUUACUCCGUUAGGAGCCAUAAAAAAUGUUUUUGGCUUUUACUUUACCGAAGGUACUGUGAAAACUAGAAUAAUGUUCUCAAUUCUUUUGUUGGCAAUGGCUUUUCACAAAAUUGCAUCGAAAACUGGUAGCAUCGGUACGUUAUGGGAGAUGACCUGGCCUUUAUGUUGGAGUCCGGAGAUGAUGGGUUACUAUGGAACCGGAGCCUCCAUCUUUUCUCAACUGAUAAAAAUCCCUCUUCUGAAGCUGUAUCAGUGCUGCUUCAACGACGUGCUCAUCGCCAUCUGGAGCAACCUCGCCGUAGUUGGAGCCUAUAUUCUAAAGGCAUUUGCUACCAACAACUUCUUGAUGUACGGGGUUGCAGCCGUCGGAUCCUUUGAUGUAGCUCUAAUCUCCGCAAUCCAGUCUAUCAUGUCAGCAAUGGCCGGUCCUGACCGUCAAGGUGCUUUAUUUGGAAGUCUAUCCAUUAUUGACAUUAUCUGCAGUCUGGUAGGGACGCCUGUCUUCAGUGAAAUCUACCAGUACACUUUAAACAUAUUCAAGGGUGUGUCCUAUCUGGUCGUGGCAGGAUUUCAAGCUGUUGCCACCAUCAUGAUUGUAAUAUAUGCCGUUCUGAGUCGGAUGGGAUACCACACUAAGGUGGAACACAUCAGUAUCCAUGACAACCAGACGGAGCCGAAGAGCACGACCCCAACGGAGGACGACGACCAGGUGUGAUGACAUGUGAUGAGGUUGCCCUCGGAUCUCUAUCGUACAACUGAUGACAAGCCAUGCAUGAAUUCAUCCAAUCACUCAUCAAACCUCACAGACUCACAGACUUCCUUAUAUAUAUAUAUAUAUUUAUUCCUUAUUCCGGAAGUUAACUGACUUCAUCACAACUCUGCUCCCAAACUGGGGAAUGGUUCCUAUUGUGGCGUGUAAGCUUAACAUAUGUCGUAGACUGUGCCCAUGCUUGCUGCAAAAGGCGACCAUGAUUGUCGUAAGAGGCGACUAAGGGGAUCGGGUGGUCAGGCUCGCUGACU